UUGGCCAGAGCAGCGGCGGUGGGCGUUGCAUUUAAAGGGCCGUGUGAGUGAUCUGUACGGUACGCAGUAUGGGCCAAUCAUCAUCCAGCAACGGCGGCUGCUCUUCACACCGCUGUAACAGCGCAGCACUCGCGAGCUCCACACGAGUUUGCGUGCAAGGAGUGUUUUGUUCGCCGCAUACCGGUGACCGCUUAGACGAAAAUCCGAUGAAAACCAAAGAGCUGCAAUCUGUUCAGAAGUGCUGGCGGGGCGGUUUUAAAGAGGGGACGACUUUAGUGGAUGUGAGAGUACAUGAGCCGAAAAAACUUAUUUCAAACGCGAGUUCUUCCGGUAAUCAGCAUGCGACCGAAAACUUGAUACUUCUGAAUCGGGACACUGACUUUGAGAGUUCUGUCUCGGAUUCCCAGAGCGGACAGAAAGGAGUACGUGAGGAGAACCAUGAGUGUUGCGUCUCGCCGUGGGACAUGGAAAGAGUGUCAGAAGGAGGUGCCGUGACUCCAGGCAGAGUUUCGGAGGAAAAUGUGACCCAGUGCCUGAACACACCAGACUUUUUAGUAGACUUCAGUUGUUCGUCUCCGUUAGCAAACCAUAAAAUGACCAAAAGUACGUUGCAACCCUCCGUAUCAGGUCGGCUGGGUGGAGAAGUGGAGCAACACGCCUCAUACCCGUUCCCUGGGAUUAUUCCCAAACUAAUAGUCACCCAUGAUGAUUUAGGACCCGGUCAGGACAGUCCGCACAUCAGUGAUUUGACUUUAAGCAUGGGCGGCUUUUCACUGGACAUGCAUCCCGAUGAGGACUCGCCCUGCUCGGACAGCGGCUGCGGAGGCUCCCCUGCGCCCUCUCUGUUCCACAGGAAACUGUCCAACUCCUCCUCUGCUGGAUUAUCCUCUGCCUCGUCGUUUGAGGAAUCGGAGGAUGAUUUCACGGGCAGUGACAUUGAGCCCACCAGUCUGUCCCCCAGCAUGAUCGGCAGUCCUGGUGAACUGACAGGGGCUAAAUCGUGGAGGAAGUUAAAGACCAUGGUGCAUUGCUCUCCAUUUGUGGUUUCAUUUAAGAAACUAUAUCCUUGGGUUCAGCUCGCAGGCCACGCAGAUCAUUUCCAGGCAGGCGAGUAUGGGAAACUGUUGAAGAAGUAUUGUGAAUGUGAGCAGCAGUGUCUGGAGAAGCUGAUGAAUGACAACCUCCGGCCGUUUGUACCUGGUUACUAUGGUAUUGUGCAGCAGAACGACCAGGAUUACAACCUAAUGGAUGAUCUGCUGACUGACUUCGACUCCCCUUCAAUCAUGGAUUGCAAGAUGGGAAGCAGGACAUACCUGGAAGAAGAGCUGGUAAAGGCCCGUGAGCGUCCUCGUCUUAGGAAGGACAUGUAUGAAAAAAUGGUGGCUGUGGAUCCAGGAGCGCCCAGUCGUUUCCACAAAAAAUGUUUCUUGACUACCGGAUCAUGAUUUGUGAAAGAUCAUGUGACAUUGAAGACUCUCAACUCUGUUCACACUCUUUGUGUUUCUUUUUAGAAAGCAGAUGGCACAUGCAACACCAGCUUUAAAAAAACCAAACAUAAGGAGCAGGUGAUGGAGGCCUUGAGUGACUUUGCGGAUGGAAACACACAGUUACUGAGGAGUUAUCUACAGAGGCUGGAGGAGCUGAGCAGCGCUCUAGAGACAUCAGAGUUCUUCAGGACACAUCAGGUGGUUGGGAGUUCUUUGCUAUUCGUGCAUGAUGCUUCAGGCCUGGCCCGAGUAUGGAUGAUUGACUUUGGUAAAACCGUCCCACUGCCACCACCCCAAACCCUGGACCACCGCACGCCCUGGGCCGAGGGAAACCGGGAGGACGGCUACCUGUGGGGUCUGGACAACCUCAUUCAGAUCUUUGGAGACAUGCUGCAGGACGUGACCUCACCCUGAUGGAUGCACAGAACGUGCCUGAGCCCGAAGCAUCACGUGUAGGGACACGUUGAUGGAGGGAGGCACACAACAGGAUAUUAGUCCUGAGAUGAGUGUGCUCUUGUGCUGUCGGAGAGAUAAAAAGCGAACAAAAUAUGAGUGGAAAAACUCAAGCACAUUUUGUCGACAAGCUCACGUCCUUAAUUCUUUUUUUUGCACGUGUGGUGCUGCAGAUCCACAGAAGCUCCACCACAGUCAAAAGACACAGAUACUGAACCCACACAGACUUGAGGAGCAACAGAUGAGAAGAAACUAUCAUUUUAAGGGCGCACAGCCAUGAUUAUUCUUUUAAGAAUAUAUGCUACGUUCACUUGUUUUUUGGGGGGGGGGGGUUACCUACAAAAAUGAUGAUAACACUAUCAAACUGGAAUGUGCUUUUUGUUUUGUUUUCCUUGUAAAUUUUUCUUUGGGUUUCCAUGGUUAUGUAAAUAGUGCUAAUUUUAUUUUUUUUUUA